AUGGCAUCGACGUCAGACGUGCACCACGGCUCUUCUCCGGUUCCGACGCUGCCUCAGCCGCAUGAAAGCAAUCGUGCCCAUAUGUCCUCACUUUCCUCAUCAUCUUCCAUAUCCGACGCGGAAAACGAUCGCAGAGGCCGCUCCGAACGCCCUCGUAUGGCUAGCCGGAAACCAAGUGCCUCAAUAUUAGUACCACGGGACCAUCCCGAGAUUGAAAUCGAAGAAGAAGAAUUUCCCCCCGACGACGCGCGCGCUAUGAGUCCCCGACGUAACUCCGCAGACCUUGAGCGGCUGGGCAAGGAGGCCAGGCAAACACUCCAGGAACAAGCCAAGGCCCUUCAGUCAUCUCUCCAGGCUUUAGCGGAACGCAUUGACGCAGUCAAGUCAGAUCAUGACAAGCUCGAAAACGAGAAUCGAUUCUUACAAGACUACAUUGGAGGAUUGACUCGGAACAUGAAGAGUGAAAUGUCAAGAUCCAGUACCACCAAGGUCAAGAAGUCGCACAAAUAA